AUAAGAAUUUGAUCUAAAAUUUAAAGCUUAUAAAGUUGUGAUUAAAAAGUAAAGAAGGACUAUUAUUUGCAAAAAUUUCAAUAAUGUUAAUAAUCAUUAAAAACGCUAAAACAGCGCCAUUUGGCCAAUGUUAAAUUCCUUCCUUUUUUAAAUAAUGCUACGGGUGAUCAUCCAUACAAACAGUUUUUCAACACAAUGUACACGGCCAGGGUAAAAUAUUCAUUGGCAACACUGUUAUGACAUAUGCGAUCACAGCUAACAGCUGACCACAACAACGCGUUCACGCUUCGCUUUAUUUGUUGUGUUAAAAAACUUUACUAAAUCGUCUAAGUUUUAUAUGUGUUACGGCAAUGAGUGAUAAUAGUGAGAUUUGUGUAUUUUGUAGAGAUCAAACAUUUGAUAAAGUUAUUAAAUUUACGGCGGAAACAAUAAAAAAAUGUAAGACUGUUCUGGAGUAUCGUCAAAACAAAAUGAUUAAAAGGAAAUCACGCACUUCCUAUAAUAAAGUAGAAAUUCCAGACGAAACUUCAUUUAAAGACGGUUAUCAUGCGCAGUGUUACAAAUUAUUUACAGCGAUUAAAAUACCACCUGAUUUCCAGAAGCCACAAAAAAGUGAAGCAGAAUGUGAUAAUGCGCUCCAAGUUUCUGGAGAUUCCAAGAUCUAUUUUUCUGAUAGUUCCUCAACAACUCAGGUUGCUGGUACUAUAAGAGACGAACCAGGAGUAUCAAAUGAGUCUGAGCAUGAAUUUGAGGAUUCUGGUGAUCAGUUUUGUGCAGUUGACCCCUUAUGUGAUGAGGUUUUACCACCAGUAAAAUGCUUCAUUUGUGAAAGAGCACGUAAACGACAUCGUGGCCGUGAAGUUCCAUUGGCAGUCAAUAGAUUUCGAACUAUUGAUCUAAUAAAAAGUGCAGCUACUGAACAUUGUGACAUAGUAAUGUUGAAAAAACUCAGUUCCUUUUCUAAACAUUAUGAUAUUCCUUAUCACAAAUGUUGUAAAGAUCAAUAUUUACGAACCAUUUCAAAAGGAGAUGAGAGUGAUUUUCUUAAAAAGAGGAAGGCAUCAAACACAGCUUAUGUCAUGCUUUGUCAAAUUUUGGAGGAAUAUUGUGUUGAAAACAAUGAAGGAAUUUUGUUUGAUGCUGUCAAGAAAGAAUACCACAAUUUACUCAUCGAACAAUGCAAGCUAUUAUCUGAUUCUAUUAACAGCAGUUCAUUUUCAGAUCGUUACUUAGAAAGAAAGAUAAUGGAUACAUUUAAAAAAAAGAUAAAGAUUAUCUGUAAAGGAAAUCAAAAGUUUCUUGUUCCAUUUUCGGCCCUACAAUGAUUUAUACAAAAAAUAACGUUAUUUUUUACACGUACACAAGUACACUUUCAAUUAUACCAUGCCCCUUACGCAGCAGACUGCAGGUUACUCGCUUUAUUUAAACAGUAAUCAGUUAUAACGAAAUUGCCUGAAGAUUGGUCUGCUAAAGCCUCUUGGGCU